UGACGUCAGCUCGUAGAAACACGUAUAUGCAGUAAGAGAUUAACGUACCUCUGGCUCAUGAUCCCCAUCCCUCGCUGCUACUCGCCUGUUGACAGGUGGAUCACUCAUUUUCAUAGCCUAAUUUCAUUCAUGAUGUGAAUAUUUUUUCAAUCGCCAAGGGUUCUUCCAGCCACAUAAUACCUUGUAUUCACCAUGUGUUCGCAGAAUUUUGUAAGUUAUCUGAGCACAGCGGUCAUGGUCUACAAUCUGGUGGUUAAUCAUUCACAACUGUCUCGUCAACCAAAUAGAACGUGCGUCCCUGUUAUUAAUCAAAUAUUAAUUUGCUACCUCAUGCUUCUGACAUUCCUUUCCCGCAGGAGGCAAGUACUUUUACUAUGUGGAGUUGAUUCUGACACCCAUACUUUCAACCUUUGGCUAGGCCGGUGUCGAGCGAGAUGACAUUAUCCGUGUCCUUCAACCUUUGGCUCCGAAAGUUUCAAUGUUCGCGAAUCAAAUAAUCCAGACUGGCAUUG